CACAUCGAUCAUGUUUAUCAUCUAUAUUUGUGUCUUUCUCACCUCAGCCAUUAUAGAUUCCAAUGGGCUAGCCCUGGCCCAGAAGUUGGAACCAAUUGGUGGGAAAGGGGGCAAGAUGUGGGACGAUGGAACCGAUCAGGACUAUGUAACCAAGGUUUAUAUACGAGGUGGUCGUGAAGGAAUUCACUCCAUCAAAUUCGAUUAUGUCAAGGAUGGACAAUCCAUAGAGGGAGCACUCCAUGGUGUUUCGGGUGAUGGUUUUACACAUACGUUAGAGAUUGACCAAUCCAAGUAUGAACACAUUGUACUUGUGGAUGGUUACUACGAUGUCAAAACCGGUGUGAUGCAAGCCCUUCAAUUCAAAACAAACCUGAAGACCUUUGACUUGAUUGGAUACCCAAAGGGCGCUACUAAGUUUUCACUUGGGGUCGAUGGCAAGAUUAUCAUUGGUUUUCAUGGGUUUGCUGGAAGAUUCCUAAAUUCUCUAGGAACAUAUCUAACAAAGGCUCCUCCUACUAAAUCGGAACUCGUAGGUGGUUUAUAUGGUGGCGUAUAUUGGGAUGAUGGUCCUAGUUAUGACGGUGUAAGAAAGGUGUACGUUACUUAUGUUAGCACUUUUAUAAGGAGCAUAAGCACUGACUAUGACAAAGACGGCCAAGUGGUAACAUCUUCUCAUGGGAGCAAAAAUGGAGAGACAAAGGAGUUUGUGAUCGACUAUCCACAUGAACUAUUGACAUCAGUUGAGGGUACCUACAACAUACUCCCUGAUGAUCGCGUUUUGGUCGUUAGGUCAUUGAUCUUCAAAACAUCAAAAGGAAGAACUUCUCCAACGUAUGGAUUUGUGUCUGGUACCCAGUUUGUAUUGGAGAAGGAAGGUAAUGCUAUUGUCGGGUUUCAUGGACGUGAUGGUGAUGCCUUCGAUGCUAUCGGAGUUUAUUUCUCACCGAUCAGUACUUCGUAAUUCAGAACUAAUAAAAAUGAAUGAUUAGGGUUCCACGGAAAAACUAGCUAGUCACGAGUUUGAACGGUUUGAACAUGGUGCUUUAGUGCUUUCUUGUAUCUACCUACUUUAUUAUACCUGUUUAAUUAUGUGUCAAUUAUUGCCUAUAUAUUUGGUGUUCUGUUUCCAUCCUUGCAAAUCUCAUAUAAUGUAAAAAGGUUUACGUAAAACCUAUUUCAAUAUUAUCA